UUUAAGGAGUCGUGGAUCAGAACUCCACGACUUCCACAGACUACUCAAGACUCGUCCGCUGUAUGUUUUCCAGCCGACACAUCCUCAUCGGACCGGAGCUUUUCGGGAGUGGGUUUCAAGAAGACAAUGAUGGAGGUAAUGACUGAUUCCCCUUUCUAUCACAUCAAUACAUCAGACGCCACUGGAAGAAAUAGCUCUUUGUACGACGACGACGAUGAGUACGACUAUAAGGACGAGCACGCCGAGCUGAGACAGUCGCUCAACAUCAUGUCUCUCAUUGUUUACUGCCUGGCCUUUGUUCUUGGUGUGCUCGGGAAUGGAGUGGUUAUCUGGGUGACCGGGUUCAAGAUGAAGAAAACAGUUAACACAGUCUGGUUCCUCAACCUCGCUGUGGCCGACUUCCUCUUCACAGCCUUUCUGCCCCUGAGUGUGACCUACACAGCUUUGGAUUUCCACUGGCCUUUUGGCAAGUUCAUGUGCAAACUGAACAGCACAAUAAGCUUUCUGAACAUGUUUGCCAGCGUCUACAUUCUGGUGGUGAUCAGUGUGGACAGAUGUGUGUCUGUGGUGUGGCCCGUCUGGGCCCAGAACUACCGAAGUGUACGCAAGGCGUCCUGUGUGAGUCUGGGGGUUUGGGUUCUGGCUCUGAUUCUCAGCACUCCAUACUUCAUCUUCAGGGACACUGGGCCGUCGUACAACAAUUACGACAUCAUCAACUGUUUCAACAACUUUGCUUUUUCUGAUGACUACGAAACGCCAGCUGUGAAUCAGCUGCGACAGUUUCGUCAUCAGGCCAUGACCAUCACCCGCUUCCUCCUGGGAUUUGUUGUCCCCUUCACUGUUAUUGUCUCCUGUUAUGCUGUGAUAAUUCAUCGUCUCAGAAGAAACCGCACCCUGGCCAGCCACUCAAGUCGCCCCUUCAAGAUCAUCGCUGCAGUUAUCACCACUUUCUUCCUGUGCUGGGCUCCGUAUCACAUCAUGGCUUUAAUCGAGUUGGUGAAUCACAUGGCUAAUCAUGCAAGUGACACGUUAGACAAUGUCACCACUAUUGGAGUCCCGAUAGCAACCAGCCUGGCCUUCCUCAACAGUUGUCUGAACCCAAUCCUGUAUGUGUUCAUGGGACAAGAUUUCAAGGAUAAAGUCCGCAAAUCCAUCCUGAAUGUUUUGGAGAGUGCCUUCCAGGAAGAGGUUUCUCGCUCCUAUACCUACACAAACUCAAUGGUCACCAGUCGGAGCAAAGAAAAGUCUGUUUCUGAUGCUGAGGUAUAAUGUUUUCCAUGGUUUAAAAAAACAAAUAGUGUAAAUAGCAAAUGUAACUGUAUAUAACGAAUAACUUGGCUUCUGCUGUUGUUUUUUAUCAAAGGACCCUCAAGGCAAUCUCUAAACAUUAUCUGAAAUUGAAACAUUGCACCUGUUACCGAUAUAUAUGAUAUUUACGAUUGGAAACUUCACCGGCCUCAUUUACAAUAUUACAAAUGGUCAUAUUAUACAGUGACUUCUAGAUCCAUGUGUGAUGCAUUUGUGGGAUAAUGCAUUUUUAACAAAUGGAAAGGUGAAGUGUUUUAUCAUAAUAGUAAUAAUAAUAAUAAUAAUAAUAAUACGUCUUAUUCAUGUAGAGCUUUACAAGGGGGGGAAUUAACACAUGAUGACAACUUUACCCAAAUUAAUCGAGCAAAAGGCUGCAUUUGUCUUUUGAGUAACAAUGGUGUUUUUUCACUACUCAGUCCUGUUGUUGGCUGCAAUUUGACUCACAGCGCGAUCCUCAGUUUCUACCAUACUAGACCUCGUGGAUAGGUAAUGUGCCAUCUUUUUUUCAAAGGGUAACCUCUUAUAUUUUUUAAAUAGAUAUUACAUCAGUUUAGGGUUUAAUUUGUGCAACACAAGCAACAAGUAUCUCAGAUUUGGUUGACAAAGGGAACGUUAUGUUUUCCAUCUGUCGCAAACACUCCAGAUGUUGAUGAGUACAUCAUGCCCCUGUGACGGCAAAGAAAACCAGUUGUUUAUAGGCAGAGAUUGUAGACUAUAUUAAUAAUCAAAAAAUCUGGCACGUCACCUCAAUAAUAAUAAUAAGACUAUGCAUUUAUUGCCAAAGAAUUUAGUAGGUUGUAAACUAAUGAACUGAAGAGUAAUAAUAACACACUUGCCCCUUACCACUGAUCCCAUUAUGUGUGUACAUGACAAAAUUGGGCAAAUGACCACAAAGACCAUCUUUGGUACGAAUUACACUCGAUUCUUUUCAACUCAUUUAGUUUCGUAAUGUUGCCUGUAUUGUCUAAUACUUAUGAUGCCUGCCAUUUGGCAACAUAAACUGAUUCAACUGUCUUUUGACUGCUACAUGUCUACUGCAUGCUUUGAUAAACAUGUUUUAUACAAUGGUAUUCAGCACUAACUAGGACCGGCUAAUGUACACCUAAUAAAUACCUUUUAUAGUGACUAUGAUAUUAUUAGGUUUGAAGUAGAAGCUGCAUUGUAUACUUGGCUUGGUUCCAUAUUUUGAUCAUUGUUAGUUACUUUUUGGGGGAGAUAUGUUUGAUAUGUGAGUACAUGCGCAGUGUGCCAUAAUUUGAGAAUUUCCAUGUAAAAUUUUCUCCAUUGAUUUCGAGGCUAUUUUCAUUAUAGAUUCAUCUGCCAGUUUUGUUCUUGAUUUUCUCUACCAAACAUCCAAGGUGACAUCUAUAAGUGUUUUAUGUUCAUUUUAGUUUACGAUCAAAAAAGAUAAAGAAAAAAUCACCAGCACAUUUUAAAAAAUAGAAUCAGUGACUAUCGAUCAAUCGGUUAUCAAUCGACUAAUUGAAUGAGACCAAGGAAAAGGUCACACCUAUUCUGUGUAUGACUUUGGUAUUGUGGCAUAUUGUGAUGAACCUCUCCAUAAAAUGUCUCAUGUAAACAAUGUAAAUUGUGAUUUGACUGUUUGUAUUUUAAUAUUUUUUUAACCUUCUCUGCAGAGAGUCCAUAAAUGGUGAUAA